AUGGCAAAAACUCAACUCCGAAUGCCCCAUAUUCGACCUGAUCGAUACCAGGACUGCGCUAUUUUCGCUCCGGAAACCUACCCUGUCUCCCGGGUGUUGGUGACCUCUGGUGCGAUCAGCGAUCCCUGCAACCACUCGAUGGUGACCGAAAUCCAACAUGCAUGCGAAUAUCUCGACAUGGCGCACCCGAGCAGUCAUGGGAAGUCUCAUGGGAAACCCGAACUUGACUAUAAUAAUUUUGCAUCGUCAUUUCUUCAAAUACCGACUCCAUGCAACCAUUUCAGCGGCCUCCUGACCGACACAGCCACGACAACCUGCCUGUCGACCUGCCUUGAAACACCCCGGAAUUCCCCAUCAGCACUCCCUCUUUGGGUUGAAAACGGGCGGAAUGGAUGCAUCAAACGUGACUCCCCCGGUCUAGGGCUGGCGUGGCUCUCCGCCAUGUCGUCAGCUUGCAUUUAUCAUAAGAGAGCCAAGGAGCAGGGCAUUGUCAAGCGGGAGAAGGUUGAUAAAGAGGCGACACGCUGGGUUCCCGAAUGCAGGAGCUGGGGAGAAACUCGUCACUUGGUGUUCGUGAUUGACAGGAGCAGGAGCCCCAGAUACCCUUCGAGGCGUCCAGAAACGUUAGCAGGCACGAUGAUGCUGCUGCUUCGUUAUUUGAUCACGUCGGCCGCCCUAUUCGGGGGCCUCGGGCUUGCCGACACAUGCUCCGAGGUCGAGGCUUUCACCAACAUCGAAGUGUCUCGGCCCCCUUCGCUUUCGUACAUUACCGAGCAAAUGGAUUACUGGUCCACUUCCUGCAGUGCUCUAAAGCCGUCCUGCAUCAUCUUCCCCCGGUCCGCCGACGAAGUGGCGGCGGUGGUGAGGAUCCUCCGGGAGACGGACGAGGAUUUUGCCGUCAAGUCAGGAGGGCACAACCCGAACAACUACUUCGCGAGCGUCCAGGGAGGGCCGCUCAUCUCGACAUCGAAGCUGGAUCACGUCCUGCUCGACCGGCAGACGGGGAUCGCCCGAGUCGGGCCGGGCCAACGCCUCGACAGCAUAGCCGAUGUCCUAGACGGCACGGGGUGGACGUUCGUCGGGGGUCGCAUCGGCAACACGGGGGUCGGCGGUCUGAUCCUCGGCGGCGGACUCUCCUACAUGUCGGCGCAGUACGGCUGGUCCGCCUCGAGCGUCUACGAAUUUGAAGUCGUGCUCGCCAACGGCACCAUCGUCGCCGCUUCCGAGACGAACCACCCAGACCUGUUCAAGGCGCUCAAGGGAGGCGGUAACAACUUUGGGAUCGUCACGACGUACGUCCUGCAGACGUACCGGCAGGGCGACGUCUGGGGCGGGAACCUCGCCUACCCCAUCCGCAGCAAGUCGAAGGACGCGCAGCUCCUCCGGGCGGUGCGGGACUUCACCGAGUACAACGACGACGACAAGGCGGCGGUGAUCGUGACGGCCGAGCGCGCCAACCUCAACCUGGUCGAUUCCUGGAUUGUUUUCCUGUUCUACGACGGGCCCCAACCGCCGGCGCACGUGUUCAAGAACUUCACCGAUGCCGGGCCGUUGGUGAACACGUGCCGGACGCGCACGUACGCCGACCUCAUCGGGAACAGCAACUGGGUCAUCGUGCCCGGGUCCAACGUCCAGAUGGCCACCGAGACGAUCCCGCUGCCCCCGGCCGAGCAUGGCGCCGACAUGUUCGACGCGCUGCACAGUCACUGGCGGGAGGUCUCCAAGACGACGCUGGCGGUCCCAGGGAUCGUGGCGUCGAUUGCGUACCAGCCCAUCCCCAGGGCCAUCGCCCGCGAGGCCCGGGCGAGGGGCGACGACCUCAUCAGCGCCGACGACGACGCGGACAGGCUCAUCAUCGAGAUGAACUACAGCUUUAUCCCGCCCAGCAAGUACGACGAGAUGGCUGACACGUUGGAGGCGACGUACUCUGGGUUCAGAGAGAGGGUUCUUGAAUGGCAGGAGGAGGGGAAGCUUCCCGAUGUGUAUCUUCCUUUGGCUAUGAAUUACGGGUUCUACCGCCAGGAUUAUUUUGGGAGGUUAAAGCCCGAAAAUUCCAGGUUGGCGGCUGAGGUUGCUAGGUCGGUUGAUCCGUAUGGAUUGUUCCGAAAUCGGACGGGAGGCUGGAAGCCUUAUUAA